AUGGCCGAAUACCUUGUAGCGCUAGGAUUGAUUCCAAUACCGGCAACUAUAGUACUGGCUUAUAUACUAUGUCUCGUUGUAUAUCGCCUUCAUUUUUCACCUCUUGCGCAUUUUCCAGGAUCGAAGUUAGCUGCAGUAACAACUUGGUAUGAAAUAUACUAUGAUGUUAUACUGGGCGGUAGAUUUAUGUGGGAAAUUGAACGCAUGCAUCAAAAAUACGGUCCAAUCGUUCGGAUUAAUCCAUUUGAGAUACAUGUGAAAGACGUCAGAUUUUACAACACACUCUAUACUGGAACAACCAAAAAGCGAAAUAAAUACCCAUGGUUCAUUCGCGCUGGAGCACCAGGCAGCUCAUUUUCUACGGCUGAAUACGAUCAUCACCGUAUCCGCAGGGGAAUAAUUAGCCCUUACCUUUCAAAGCGAUCAGUUCGGAGUUACGAGCCUAUUAUCCAGCAAAAGAUAAACCGAUUAUGUGAGCAUAUGCUUGAUACUAUGAGAUCAGGAACCGAAAUUGAACUUCAUAUAUCCUUUCUAUCUUUUGCGGUGGACGUCAUGUCCCAUCUCUCUUUCGGGCCGUCCAGAUGUUUUAAUCUUUUGGAAUCCUCGUCUUUAAGCAACAACAUCAGGUGGAGAAAAGGGAUAAAAGCUCUUUUCGCGAGACUAAUACCACUGAGACAUCUUGCUUUUUUGGUGUUACUCUUUCGUACACUUCCGCUAUGGCUUUGUGCUUUGGUUGAUCCUAGUUGUGCUGAUAUUGACUUUGUGGAAAAGUCCCGUUCCGUGGAAGAAAGCGGAAUUUUCUCGGAGAUUUUGAGAAGCGAAACAUUACCAUCUUCUGAAAGAGCUUUAGAUAGGGUUUCUGAUGACGCAAAAUUCUUUAUUAUAGCUGGAACGGAUGCUCCAUCGUUAGCUAUGGCUGUAAUAAUGUUUCACAUUCUCCGGGAUUUCGAGGUAUUACAAAAAUUGGUGGAAGAAUUGAAAACUGCUCUUCCCGAUCCAGCCAAAGACCCUUCUUUAAGUAGGUUGGAGGAGCUUCCAUAUCUGUCUGCAGUCAUCAAAGAAGGAUUCCGUAUAUCGUCUGUGGUCACCACUCGACUCCCUCGCAUUGCUCCUGGUGAAGUUUUAGAGUAUCAAGGAUGGCGCAUUCCUGCAGGAACACCCGUCAGCAUGUCUACAUAUUUUAUUCAUAACGAUCCGGAUAUUUUCCCCGAGCCAAAUAGCUUCAAGCCUGAACGCUGGAUUUGUUAUAGUCCUGACUCAAACCUUGACCAAUAUCCAACAUCUUUCUCAAAAGGUGGACAAUCCUGUCUAGGACCAAGUAUGGCGUAUAGUUGGUGUUAUCUGGCUUUUGCGACAAUCCUUCGACGCUUUGAACUUGAGCUCUUCGACACGACAGAAGAAAACAUUAAGACUAUUAGAGAUAGCUUCAAUGCACAACCAAAGAAAGGCUUUGACCGAAUCAAGGUGAAGGUCCCAAGGCAGCGAAAGUAA